GCCCCCCUAGCUACCACACAUCCCAUCCUCACUCGCCGUGGUAUCGAUCAAGAUACACGCAUCAUUGGUUAAUCGUGCAGGGCGGUGACAUGGCGGCGGAGGUAGGAGGAGGAGGCGGCUCUCCGCCGGGGAAGCCGGUGAUGGUGGUGGGGAUCGACGACAGCGACCACAGCUACUACGCUCUCGAGUGGACGCUUCAGCACUUCUUCGCCCCCGGGCAGCCGCAGCAGUACCGCCUCGUCGUGCUCACCGCCAAGCCGCCGGCGUCCUCCGUCAUCGGCAUCGCCGGCGUCGGCUCGGCCGAGCUGCUGCCGACGGUGGAAGCCGACCUCAAGCGCACCGUCGCCAGGGUCAUCGACAAGGCCAAGAUGCUCUGCGCCGAGGUGACCGACGUCGGCUACGAGGCCAUGGAGGGGGACGCGAGGAGCGUCAUCUGCGAGGCGGUCGACCGGCACCACGCCGAGAUGCUCGUCGUCGGCUGCCAUGGAUACAGCAAAUGGAAGAGGGCUGUUCUUGGAAGCGUGAGCGACUACUGCACCCACCACGCGCACUGCUCCGUCAUGGUCGUCAAGAUGCCAAAGCACAAGCACUGACGGCGUAUAUAUGCUCCAGGCUGGCAGGCUCUGGCUGACGAGUCUCUCUUGAUUACGGUUCUAGUACAUGUGUCUUAACUUGCUCGCGUGAGAAUUAAUAAAAUGCUACGUGUAGGCUAGGGUGACAGAUCAAGAUCAGUUGGCACGUCCUUCAGCUUAUAUUAUGUAAUUUUACGGUUUUUUUUUCUUAUGGUUAGGAAUUCAGGAUAUCAAAUUUGUGCUUGCUUUGUGAUAGAUGCAAACUUGUAAGAAUUAUCUUUAUUUCUAAAAAUUAUAAUCGGUGCUGCUUGUACCUAUAUCUUGAGAUACUC